ACACUAUUUACUUUCCACCACACACUUACACGACACGAGACAAACCUGUGUGUGGCUGUGUUUUAACUUUCUUUCGUACACUUUAAAGAUUUGUUAAACUGAUCUGCCAUGGAUGGAGAUAUUCUGUCCUUGUCGUCAUCCUCGUCGUUGUCUUCCUCCUUAGCAGCAGGAACUCAGAAAGAUACUUCACCGAGUGGCAGCAGCCUCCCUCAGAACCAAGAGGAGCACAAAUCAGCAGAAGUAUGGCCUGCUGAGGCGAAUCCCGUGGGUGACAGGCUGCUGUCCACAGAGGAGCAGGUGACUCUGAUCACAGAGAGUAUGACUGUCACCUCCAAUGACCAGGAGAAACUGCUGCUGCUCAACAAGAACACAGAGCUGCGCAGAGUUAACAAAGAGCUGAUGAAGCUGAAUGAGGAAUGGGACCAGGUGUACCGCAGUGCCACACUGGGUCUGCAGCACCGCCUGGAAGCUCUGGAGCUGGAAAACAACGCCAUCAAACAACUCAACAGCAGACUGCUGCUCAAAGUGGAGCACCAGCAGAGUGCAAAGGAGUACUAUGAGCAGGCAUUGAUGCAGGAGCUGAAGAAGAACCAAGAGCUUCAGGAAUACAUCAGACUACUGGAAAACAGGAUCCAUGCGGACAAAGACUACACUGCUACCAAACAGGGUGGCUUCACCCCUGUGGUACGUGGUCCUGUGGCGUGUCCAAACAGUAAUCCUCCUGGAAGUCCUGUACCUGUAUACAACCCCUCAUGCUCCUUUUUCCCUGCUCCUAUAAACCUUGAGACAGGGCAGCAGAGAAAAAGUCAGAGCAGCAGCAACACCCAACAUGGAGCUCUGGGAGACUCCCAUCAAGAAGUGCAAGAUCUUAAAGAACAGCUGGAGGCUCUGAGGUGUCAGACUCAGAUUUAUGAAGCAGAGUACGAGACGGAGCACAACGACCACAAACACACUCUGCAGGAGAACCGCAGACUGAAGAAAAAGAGGGAGGAAAUGCGCCAACAGGUGGCACUACUGCAAGAACAGCUCAAGGUGUACGAGGAUGACUUCAGAAGGGAGAGGUCCGACAAACAGAUGCUGCAGCGGCUUUUGUUGAAGAAAUCACAUGCGAGCAAAGACCCUGUGUUGAUCCAUCGCUGCAAUAACGAGCAGCAACCACUGGGGGGAGACAAGAGAACACAAAGUGGGGAGAAAAGGAAGCAGCACCACCCACUCUGUCCCAAGCACCCAAACAGGGACAAAGAGUCUGACUAAGAGUGGGAGGAAUUUAAAAAGGCCAUGCACAAAGAAUAUGCAGAUUAAUAAUGGCUUUAAUCAACGUUGUAAAAUGAGUGUUGCUUUAUGUGUCACAACCUUUCAUGGAUUUCACUGACUCUUAUUUAGAGAAGUAGAGUACAAUCCAGUGAGUCUACAUUUUGGGUCAUAUUUGACUCUUCAUGCAAUCUUAUAGUAACUCAGAGCACUUUUAUCUUAUCAUUGUAAAUCCAACAUAUCAUUUUAUCAUUUCUUUUUGAUAUAUUCAACAUGAACAAAUCCAGGGUCAAAAUAUUGUUCGCUCUUUUCGUAGUCCAUAUUUGUUAUGUAAACUAUUUAACAGGAUCAACUGCAGACUUAUAUUUAACAAAGCAAGUAUAUUUUUCUUCUUUUAUAUAUCCAUCACGUUUUUAAUUACACACUGUAUACUGUAUACAUAUAUAUACAUUUUUACUAUUCAGACUUUUGGUACAUAAUGUAAUAAGGAAGUAUAUUCAUAUUUCAAACAAUAAAAGAAAUAUUCA